AUUUCAGCUGCCCUAAUAAAAGAAUAUUCCAUGUUGGUUAAAAAUAUUCGCUUAUCGGAUUUAUCUCUAUCCAUGGCGUCCGCGCUCUUGCCCUCGCAAUCUCUCAUUAGAUUCUCUCCCUGUCCGCCCAAUACGCCCAACUCAAGGAAAGGAAUGGCAAUCCAAGCCGCUACCUGGUGGGGAGGAAUCCAAAAGCCCGACAAGGUUGAGCUCCAGCCCAUCACAAGCGAGGAGGAAUUCGACCGCGUUCUACUCGACUGCCAGGAAUCCAACAAAGGAGCAGUGAUCGAAUGGAUGGCACUGUGGUGUCGGAAGUGCAUCUACUUGAAGCCCAAGCUCGAGAAGCUUGGGGCCGAGUUCUAUCCACACAUCAACUUCUACUGCGUGGACGUGAAUUGUGUGCCAAAAUCACUCAUAGAGCGAGCGUCAGUCACGAAAAUGCCCACGAUUCAGCUUUGGCGAAACGGAGAGAAGCAAGGUGAAGUUAUAGGCGGCCACCAGGCAUGGCUUGUCCUAGACGAAGUCAGAGAUAUGCUCAAGAAGAAACGAUAGAGACAACACGAAACACGGGUCUGUACCAUAUCGAGCUCGAUCGAUCUGUUAAUACGAGUCGUUGCGAUUGAUUCAAAGAAAAAA